AUGAACACUGACAGUGAUGCUCACUCUAGUCUUGAACAGCGUCAGCCUUUACUUUCUGAUAAUCAUGAACACACACCACCACUCACUACAGCUCGUCGCAUCAUCAACUACUUUCAUAAACUAAACUUGACUUCUCUGUUGCUGCUGCUAUUCGCUACUUUACUAUUUAUUCUUAUAAUAGGACUAACUCCUAUACUGUACUGCGUCUAUAUUCCUUCUCGUAUCAAUUCGGCUUUGAAUCCACCUCCAGCUACAGUCUCUUCUAGUCUAACCCUUCAUCACUGUAAUAUUCAGUCUAUUUCUGGUGAUGUUCAUCCAAACAUCACUACAAGUCUCUCACUCUCGCUUACCAUUCAUGAUCCUCCUCCAUUGGAUAUGUUCAUGAUGUCCUCAUUUCUAUCCGUCACUGCUGUUGACAUGGCAAGACCCUCGUCUGAUCCUCUUUACAAGCAACACUUGGCUAGGCUACUGCUUCCUGAACUCGCUCUUCCUCGUGGUAUUGAUGAUGUUCCUAUAUUGUACGAUGCUCAAGUGGAUCAAGUCAAUAUAGCUUUACUGGAACAUCUUCUUCAUUCGUAUAUGCGCUCUAGAAACACGACGGCUUGGGACUACACUGCUCAGGCCUUGUCUGUAUUCACCAUCCCGCAUUUAGGCUCAUGGACUGUUCCUCUUGUUCGACAAGGAUCACUCUUUCCAUUACCCUUGUCCGACUCGUUCCCAUCCAACUCAUCCUUGGACCUCACCUUUCAAGACCCUGAUAUUCAAACCAUUCCUCCCGCUCCUGGAUCUCCUAUUUCAAGUCCUCAGUACCAACUUACUACUCAGAUUGCAUUCAAUAAUCCAUUCCCCAUUUCAAUUUCUCCAUUGGAUUGGCUUGUAUCCAUCAGUGUCUAUUCUCAUGCAAUACAUCUGGCUGACAUCACUCUUCCAGAUGCAGCCAUCUCGCUCACUUAUGGAAGAAACGAUCACAUUACUAUUAGGGUUCUCACUGACUCGACCACACAUACUGUGUUGAUGGAUUUGAUUGGGAAAUUAUCCGACGGUCAAGAUACACUGCUUACAUUUAGGGAUUUGAACAUGCAGUGGUUUAUCAAUCUUGUUGCCAAAAACCGGUCAAGAUCUGUAACAGUUCUUAUCAGCACUCUCCCUGUAACACUAGUAACUGGAUACAUGGUCUACGAACGAGCUGUACUUGGAAAGAAACAACGCAAUUAUGAGGAUGAGUUUGGUCCAGAGUUUCAUAAAGGAUUACGAAAAAUGUAUCAUGAUUUUAAUACUCCUCAGCCUGUCGAGUCUGUACAUACGUCAUUGGAAUAA